CGAGCUCCCCAGGUUGCAGCACAUCCGCUCAUCCGAUGGAGGAUCGACUUGCUCGCUACCCUCAGCUCGUCUGCUGACCAAUUGGGCAAUUGGGCACUUGCAAACCUUCCCUUCCCCGCACCUUCCCCACAUCAGUGGACCUUUCUUCUCUUUCCCUCCAUUUUCCCGUCCAGCGUGUCCUUCUUCUUCACUCCUUAGCAACCCGUUCCAGUAAGCAUGGCACAAAAGAUUCUCUCCUCCACCGAGUCGGCCUCGAGCCCCAUUUCUUCUGGUACGGGAUGGCUGCGUCUUUCUUCGCACUUGAAGACACGCCGCCCCUCACCUCGAGUGUUGAUGAUCGCCAUCUCCAACCCUCCUUAUAACCUUCUCGAUGGCAACAUUCUCUCGGAGCUCAAGCGUGUUCUGCUGGCCUUGCAUCCCAAGGCGACUGGGGCGGUGAUUCUGACGAGUGCGAUCGAGGACAUCUUCAUCUCUCACUAUGACGUUGGGGAGAUCCUUUCCUUUUCCAAGCUCGUCCCAGUCAAGCCACCCGCGUCAGUCGUGCGCGGACUCUUGGGCUUCGAGUCCUGGGCAGCUUGGGCCGGCUUCAGAGGCCUGAUGCGCCGUACACCUCUGGCUCCACUUUCCCACUUGAACCUCUACCACGAAGUCACAGAGCUCCUCCGCAGCAUCCCACAAGUGACCAUCGCAGCCAUCAACGGGCGCGCCUUUGGUGGAGGGUGCGAGCUGGCCCUCGCCUGCGACUAUCGUAUCAUGGUCGACACGCCGCCCGAGGGCAAGCCAGGCAUUCGUGGCUCAGGGAUUGGUCAGCCCGAGAUCACCUUGGGGCUCAUCCCAGGUGGGGGCGGUACGCAGAUGCUCGCCCGUACUGUUGGCCCGGCGAAAGCCCUCGACCUCUGCCUGUCGGGCCGCCUCCUACCAGCUAGCGAGGCCCUCGAGCUCGGCCUUGUCAACCAAGUCGUAUCGCGCGAAAAGCUCAAUCAAGCCGCCUCUGAGCUAGCCAAGCGCGUGUCCAAGCGCUCACCGGAGGCUGUAGCCUGCAUCAAGGACGCGAUCCACCAUGGUGCCACGCUCCCCAUCGCGGAUGGGAUGAGGCGCGAGCAAGGCAACUUUGGGCUUAGCUCGCUGUGUGCAGAGAGCAACGUUGCGAUGCAGACUUAUUUGCAGCACAUCGACUCGUUGCUGGGCCCCAAGAGUAGCAUGGACGAUUAUGAGCCACUGUUGGAGGGCGACUUUGUGGAUAUGACGCCUGGUGGGGCCAAGAGGGAGUUGGGCAAGGCGCCGAAGAAGGGUAAGAGGUCGUGAUCAGGAUAAUCCAAUGGGCCGAGCGAUAUUCUAGCUUCCAUCUGUAUUCGUUCCCGUGUGUCCCUCUGAAUUGCAAUACCGCUUCUCAUCUGGCACCUCGAG